AACCUACAUUACAAAACAUUAGAGUUUUAUAUUUGUGAUCCACUUCAUACUAUAUUCAGCUAUGUUUUCAGUUCUCCCUGAUUGGAGGCAUUUCCCAUGAUCCCUUGGGCUUCUAUACUCUUUGGUUCAGUGAUAAAAUGAGCCAGACAGCAGAAAUAACCGAGCGCCUCCCCGUCGGCAGGUGGCGCUGAGCGCGGAUGAGGCGUCGUGACGCGCUCGGUUUUCAUGAGAGACGCAUGGACGCUCACUGACGUCAAAGCGGAGCUGCAUGUGGCAGAAGGAUCAGACCUUCAUUAAACUCUCUAGUUUACGCAUAUAUCACUCUAUUAAUAUUUAUUUCACUGUAUUUCCACGCUGACUGCGUGAACGCGCCGCAGUCAUGGUGAAGGAGCAGUUUAGAGAGACGGAUGUGGCCAAAAAGAUAAGUCACAUCUGUUUUGGCAUGAAGUCAGCAGAGCAGAUGAGACAACAGGCUCAUAUUCAGGUGGUCAGCAAGAACCUUUACAGCCAAGACACCAGCCACACACCGCUGCAGUAUGGAGUCCUGGACCACCGCAUGGGUACCAGCGAGAAGGACAGACCAUGUGAAACCUGCGGGAAGAACCUGGCCGACUGUCUCGGUCACUACGGGUAUCUGGACCUGGAGUUGCCCUGCUUUCAUGUCGGAUACUUUAAAGCCAUUAUUGGGAUCCUGCAGAUGAUCUGUAAGACGUGUUCUCACAUCCUUCUCACCAAAGAGGAAAAACUUCAGUUUCUGGAUUACUUGCGUAGACCUGGACUGGCGUACCUGCAGAAGCGUGGCCUCAAGAAGAAGAUCUCUGACAAAUGCAGGAAGAAGACCACGUGUGUGCAUUGCAGCGCAUUUAAUGGCCCUGUAAAGAAAUGUGGCUUGCUGAAGAUCAUUCAUGAGAAGUACAAGACCACAAAGAAGGUCAUCGAUCCCAUGGUGUCUGAUUUCCUCCAGUCGUUUGAUAUUGCCAUCGAGCACAAUAAAGAAGUGGAGCCACUACUGACCAGAGCACAGGAAAAUCUCAAUCCUCUGGUCUCGUUGAACCUUUUCCGGAGGAUUCCUAACGAGGACGUUCCUCUUCUGCUGAUGAAUCCAGAGUCUGGGAAACCCGCUGACCUCAUCCUGACACGCCUGUUAGUGCCGCCCCUCUGCAUCCGGCCCUCCGUCGUCAGCGACCUCAAAUCGGGCACUAAUGAGGAUGAUCUGACCAUGAAGUUAACAGAAAUCAUCUUUCUCAAUGAUGUCAUCAAGAAGCACCGUAUGUCAGGAGCAAAAACGCAGAUGAUCAUGGAGGACUGGGACUUCCUGCAACUCCAGUGCGCUCUCUAUAUCAACAGCGAGCUGUCGGGCAUCCCGCUCAAUAUGGCACCCAAGAAAUGGACCCGCGGCUUUGUGCAAAGACUCAAGGGAAAACAGGGGCGGUUUCGUGGUAACCUGUCUGGAAAGAGAGUGGAUUUCUCAGGCAGAACUGUCAUCUCUCCCGAUCCGAACCUGAGGAUCGAUGAGGUCGCUGUACCGGUGCACGUCGCCAAAAUCCUCACCUACCCGGAGAAGGUGAAUAAAGCCAACAUUGAACUGAUGAGGAAGCUGGUGCGUAACGGUCCUGAUGUUCACCCAGGAGCAAAUUUUAUACAGCAGCGACACAUGCAGAUGAAGAGGUUUUUGAAGUACGGUAAUCGGGAGAAGAUGGCUCAGGAGCUGAAGUACGGUGACGUGGUUGAGAGACACAUGAUUGACGGCGAUAUCGUCCUCUUCAACCGGCAGCCGUCUCUGCACAAACUCAGCAUCAUGGCUCAUAUUGCGCGUGUGAAACCUCAUCGGACGUUUCGUUUUAACGAAUGUGUUUGCACGCCAUACAACGCUGACUUCGACGGAGACGAGAUGAACCUUCACCUGCCGCAGACGGAGGAGGCCAAAGCUGAAGCGCUCGUGCUCAUGGGGACGAAGGCUAAUCUGGUCACUCCACGAAACGGUGAGCCGCUGAUCGCAGCCAUUCAGGACUUCCUGACAGGCGCGUACCUGCUCACGCUCAAAGACACGUUCUUCGACCGAACCAAAACCUGUCAGAUCGUCGCCUCCAUUCUGGUGGGAAAAGACGAGAAAAUCAAGAUCUCGCUCCCGCCUCCUGCUAUUCUGAAGCCGAUCAGGCUGUGGACGGGGAAGCAGAUCUUCAGUCUGAUACUCAAGCCCAGUAAAAGCUCUCUGGUGAAGGCCAACCUGCGCACCAAAGGCAAACAGUACUGCGGGAAAGGGGAGGAUCUGUGUGCUAAUGAUUCCUUUGUGGUGAUCCAGAACAGUGAGCUGAUGUGCGGCAGCAUGGAUAAAGGAACUCUGGGAUCCGGAUCCAAGAAUAACAUCUUCUACAUCCUGUUGCGAGACUGGGGUCAGCAGGAGGCCGCAGAUGCCAUGUCACGUCUCGCCCGUCUGGCUCCUGUUUAUCUCUCGAAUCGAGGUUUCUCCAUUGGGAUCGGAGAUGUGACGCCUGGACAGGGACUCUUGAAGGCCAAACAAGAACUACUGGACGCUGGCUAUAAGAAAUGUGACGAGUAUAUCGAAGCUCUGAAGACGGGCAGGUUACAGCAGCAGCCGGGCUGCACCGCAGAGGAAACACUGGAGGCGUUGAUCCUGAAGGAGCUGUCCGUCAUCAGAGAUCACGCUGGCAGUGCGUGUUUGAGAGAACUGGACAAAAGCAACAGUCCGCUGAUCAUGGCUCUGUGUGGAUCCAAAGGUUCAUUCAUUAACAUCUCACAGAUGAUCGCGUGCGUCGGGCAGCAGGCCAUCAGCGGCUCUCGUGUUCCCGAUGGCUUUGAGAACCGUUCGCUGCCUCACUUUGAAAAACACUCCAAACUCCCUGCUGCGAAGGGCUUUGUGGCAGACAGCUUUUAUUCUGGUCUGACCCCCACCGAGUUCUUCUUCCACACUAUGGCUGGUAGGGAAGGUCUGGUCGACACGGCCGUAAAAACAGCAGAGACCGGAUACAUGCAGAGGCGUCUGGUGAAGUCUCUGGAGGACUUGUGCUCUCAGUACGAUCUGACGGUGCGCAGCUCCACCGGUGACAUCAUACAGUUCAUCUACGGCGGAGACGGACUCGACCCCGCAGCCAUGGAGGGAAAAGACGAACCGCUGGAGUUCAAAAGAGUCCUCGACAACAUCAGAGCGGUUUACGGCUGUCCAGGUGAGCCUGCGCUGAGCAGAAACGAGCUGAUCUUAACCUCGGACUCCAUCAUGAAGAGAAAAGACUUCCUGUGCUGUAAAGACAUGUUUCUGGAGGAAAUCAAAAAGUUCAUCAAAACAGUUUCAGAGAAAAUCAAAAAGACACGUGACAAGUACGGCAUCAACGACAACGGAACAACAGAGCCUAAAGUUCUGUACCAACUGGACAGAAUCACUCCGACCCAGUUGGAGAAGUUUCUGGAAACCUGCAGGGACAAAUAUAUGAGGGCGCAGAUGGAGCCGGGCUCUGCUGUCGGGGCCCUGUGUGCUCAGAGCAUCGGGGAGCCGGGGACUCAGAUGACCCUCAAGACGUUUCACUUCGCUGGAGUCGCUUCCAUGAACAUCACUCUGGGAGUCCCGAGAAUCAAAGAAAUCAUAAAUGCAUCCAAAAACAUCAGUACACCCAUCAUAAGUGCCAACCUGGAUACCGAUGUUGACCCAGACUUCGCUCGGCUGGUGAAAGGACGCAUUGAGAAAACUCUACUGGGAGAGAUUUCCGAGUACAUCGAGGAGGUUUUCCUGCCUGAUGAUUGUUUCAUCCUGGUGAAGCUGUCACUCGAGAGGAUUCGUCUUCUGAGGUUGGAGGUGAACGCAGAGACAGUGCGAUACUCCAUCUGUACGUCAAAGCUGCGGGUGAAGCCAGGCGAUAUCGCGGUUCAUGGAGAAGCUGUGGUCUGUGUGACUCCCAGAGAAAACAGCAAGAGCUCCAUGUACUACGUCCUGCAGUCGCUCAAACAGGAGCUUCCUAAGGUGGUGGUCCAGGGCAUCCCUGAAGUGUCACGUGCCGUCAUUCACAUCGAUGAACAGAGCGGCAAACAAAAGUUCAAACUGCUGGUGGAGGGAGAUAAUCUCAGGGCUGUCAUGGCGACACACGGCGUCAACGGCAACAGAACAACAUCCAACAACACGUACGAGGUCGAGAGGACGUUAGGCAUCGAAGCGGCGAGAUCCACCAUCAUUAACGAGAUCCAGUACACCAUGGUAAACCACGGUAUGAGCAUCGACCGCAGACACGUGAUGCUGCUGGCGGAUCUCAUGUCUUAUAAGGGUGAGAUUCUGGGCAUCACCCGCUUUGGUCUGGCCAAGAUGAAGGAGAGUGUUCUCAUGCUGGCGUCCUUUGAGAAGACGGCGGAUCAUCUGUUUGAUGCGGCUUACUUCGGACAGAAAGACUCGGUCUGCGGUGUCUCUGAAUGCAUUAUAAUGGGAAUCCCCAUGAACAUCGGCACUGGACUCUUUAAACUUUUACACAGCGCCACGAAGGAGCCGAAUCCUCCCCGCAGACCUUUGCUCUUUGACAGUCCUGAUUUCCACAUCCCUCUGGCCGUAUAAACCGCUGGCGCGUCUGGACGGCUGUGAUGUGGAGCGUAAUGAGCGUUUGCUGCAGAUCUCCAGCUGUUCUGCACCUCUUAGGUUUUUGUGCCUUCAGGGUUUUUGGCCUCACCAAAACAGUGUUUCCCAUUUGAAACGUUGGGAAUGAUGAUCUGAUGAAUGCAUCUCCAGUAAAACUGAAAUCACUGAUGAUUGAUAUUAUCUUGAUGAUAAUAGGCCUUUAUGUUGGGGUUCCUGUGAACGUUCAGCCCUGUUAUUUUCUCAUUUCAGAUUCUAUUUUUUACUUGUUAAAGGCCAAGUGAUUAAGUUUAAUUGAGGCACUUGUAUUUAUAGAUUAGUAAUCAAAUCUAAUUUAUAUGUGUGCAGUUUUGGUUUCGUUUUCUUUGUGCUGCUGCCGUUUCCUCAAACAGGCAUGGUUGACAUCCAUGUUUAAUGUAAAUAUGUAUCAGGUGUGAAUAAAAUGUACAUUACGACGACACCAGCAGCACAUUCUUUCGUGUUAUUUAU